GACCUUAAGCCUGUCAUCGAUGGAGUGGAUGGAAUAAAAAUCUCUCAGGGGCUCGGGCUGCAGGACUUUGACCUCAUCAGGGUCAUCGGGCGUGGGAGCUACGCCAAGGUCCUCCUGGUGCGGCUAAAGAAGAACGACCAGAUCUAUGCCAUGAAGGUGGUGAAGAAGGAGCUGGUCCAUGACGAUGAGGACAUUGACUGGGUGCAGACCGAGAAGCACGUGUUUGAGCAGGCAUCCAGCAACCCCUUCCUGGUCGGCCUGCACUCCUGCUUCCAGACCACAAGCCGGUAAGAGACACCAGCUUCCAGUCCCCGACAUCCCUGGUUGCGCUUCCAGUCCCUAUGGCGCCGUCCCUCUCGAUGGCUGCUU